AUGGACCCUCAUCUGCCGGCCCGGGCACUGGCGCUGCUGGUAGCAGCCCUGGUGCUGGCGCUGGGCCCCGCGGUCGCCCUGGAUGUGCGCGAGAAGCUGUGCGGGCAGCACUUCGUGCGCGAGCUGGUGCGCUUGUGCGGGGGCCCGCGCUGGUCCCCCGAGGCUGGGAAGCCGGCGCCAGGCGGCGACCGUGAGCUGCUGCAGUGGCUGGCAGGAAGACACCUCCUUCACGGGCUGGUGGUGGACGGGGACACUGCGCUAGUGUCCGGCCCCGGGGCCCUGCUCCCGGCUUCUCACCGCCGCCGCCGGCGGGAAGUGGCCGCCAACCCGGCAAGGCGCUGCUGCCGCAGUGGCUGCACCCAGCAGGACCUGAGGGCUCUCUGUCCCCACUGA